ACUGCGCUUGCGUAGACGAGUGAUCUAGUGACGCUGUGUUCUGUCGGUGGGUGCCGCGACACUCCGCGGUUCGCGUUUGAUUCAUAUCAGAUAUUUUGCAAUUUAGUCGAAAGAAAUCAGUGGAAAAUGUCGACGAUACCACACAGCAAGAAGCGCGUCUGCUACUACUACGACAGUGAUAUUGGAAAUUACUACUAUGGACAGGGACAUCCCAUGAAGCCACAUCGUAUAAGGAUGACACAUAAUUUACUUCUCAAUUAUGGUCUUUACAGAAAAAUGGAAAUAUAUCGACCUCAUAAAGCUACAGCUGAUGAAAUGACAAAAUUUCAUAGCGACGAAUAUAUAAGGUUCCUGAGAUCCAUAAGGCCUGAUAAUAUGUCAGAGUAUAACAAACAAAUGCAAAGAUUUAAUGUUGGAGAGGAUUGCCCUGUUUUUGAUGGUUUAUAUGAAUUUUGUCAAUUAUCAGCCGGUGGUUCUGUAGCUGCUGCUGUAAAGCUUAACAAACAGGCUUCAGAAAUUUGUAUAAAUUGGGGUGGUGGUUUACAUCAUGCCAAAAAGAGUGAGGCAUCUGGGUUUUGUUAUGUUAAUGACAUUGUACUAGGAAUCUUAGAACUGCUUAAAUAUCAUCAAAGAGUUUUAUAUAUUGAUAUUGAUGUUCACCAUGGUGAUGGAGUAGAAGAAGCAUUUUAUACCACUGAUAGAGUAAUGACAGUUUCCUUUCAUAAAUAUGGUGAAUAUUUUCCUGGUACUGGUGAUCUUCGCGAUAUUGGAGCAGGGAAGGGAAAAUAUUAUGCUGUGAACAUACCUCUAAGAGAUGGUAUGGAUGAUGAAAGUUAUGAGUCAAUAUUUGUACCUAUUAUUUCAAAAGUAAUGGAAACAUUUCAGCCAUCAGCAGUUGUUUUACAGUGUGGUGCUGAUUCAUUAACAGGAGAUAGGUUGGGUUGUUUCAACUUAACAGUAAGAGGUCAUGGUAAAUGUGUUGAAUUUGUAAAAAAAUAUAAUCUCCCUUUUUUGAUGGUUGGCGGUGGUGGAUACACUAUCAGGAAUGUAUCCAGAUGCUGGACAUAUGAAACAUCAGUGGCUCUUGGAUCAGAAAUUGCAAAUGAAUUACCUUAUAAUGAUUAUUUUGAAUAUUUUGGACCUGAUUUUAAAUUACACAUUAGUCCCUCAAACAUGGCAAAUCAAAAUACUCCUGAAUAUCUUGAAAAGAUUAAGACUAGAUUAUUUGAAAAUCUACGAAUGUUGCCUCAUGCACCAGGUGUACAAGUUCAACCGAUACCAGAAGAUGGUGCAGUAAUCGAAGAUUCUGAGGCUGAGGAGAAAGUAAAUCCGGACGAACGAUUACCACAACGGGAUUUAGACAAAAGGAUACAACAUGAAAAUGAAUAUAGCGAUAGUGAGGAUGAAGGAGAAGGAGGACGAAGAGAUAAUAGGUCAUUUAAGGGUUCCAGGAAACGACCUCGUCUAGAGAAAGGUCAAGAAGGCAUAGAAAGCGAUCUCAAAAAAGAGGAAGAUAUAAAAUCGGAACCAAAAGAAAAUGAGAAAGACGAAAAAGCAAAUGCCACAAACGAGGAAACAAAGAAGGAUGGUGGAGCGAAUCCCUGAUAAAUGGUUGUCAUUGAACAUUUAAGAAAUUGGAAAAAGUCCUUAUUUAAAUCAAGUAUAAAUAAGUAUAGAUAACUUAAGUCAAGAAUCAUACGAUGUCCGCUGCCUCGAACUCGGUAAUACAAUUCUAAAUUAUGAUUAUCACUUUUUAUUAUUUUAUUCGGAAAUAUCUAUUUCUGUAGAAACGUUGGUACAUGUAUAUAUAUCGAAUUGAAUUCGUGGCAAGCUGCAUUGUUACCACGAUACACGUAUGAGCGUGUAAUACUUCAAGCGCUCUGCAAUUUCAAUUGUCUCAUUAAAUUUACAGACGUUUUCCGAUAUUCUUAAAUUGACAAUUUAUCAAAUGACCGGUUCUAAAACUAUUGUUGGGAUCAGUCAGUAUCUUGAAUAAUCUGUCGAAUUUUAUGAUCCUGCCAAAUUCACCUUUGUAUACAUUUAUAUAGAAUAAAAGUAACGAGUCAGUUGAGGUAAGUACCUUGAUUGUACAAAGAAUUUUCAUAUCGAUUAAAAAAAUACAUUUUAUAACAUUUAUUUGUUUUGUUCAAUGAGAUCAUAAGAUACCGACAGCAUUUGAAGAUACCUAACCUUACGAUUAGCAUGUUCCGAUAAAUCAUGCAAGAAAUAUAAUGUUUAUAACAUUUUGGGCGCUCGAAGUCCUUUUUCUUCUUAUCCAUUACUCGCAGUGUGAUCUUGAUUAAACCGUUUAAUAAGCGCGAUUUAUAAUCGAAAGAAAGAGCGAUUAUAUAACGGGCAAGUAUUAGAGAUUAACAAAUUUUUUUGCUUCCUAUUCUUGUACAUAAAGUAAAAUCAGGUUUAAACGAAGUCCUACAUGCAAUAAUACUAUACGAUAACAAUAACGAUAUUCGUUUUGAUAUGUAAAGUAUUUUAUUUUAUAUGAAUGAAAUUGAUUGAUCGGCGAAGACGAAAGUACGGAGAAAUUAAAACAGUCAAUGAACGUAUUAAAUUCAAACAUAGAUUAGAAUCUUAAUCAUAAAUUAAGCAAAAGUAAUUGUAAGAUUUCAAAAUUAUGUAUGUAACGCAGUCGAUUUAUAUCUGUAUACCGAGGCUGCGAAAGUACUGUCGUUCAGAAAAAAGAAAAAGAAGAGCGUCUCGCAGAUGCAUUUAUAAAAUUGUUACCCUCCAAUCGCAGUACUUUGGAUGUUUAUGUAAAAGUAAAAAUACAUUGAUGAUUUUGUGUACAUAAAAUGUAACGUUUUGCGCCUCAAUAAUAUUUCAAAAACAGAUUAAAUUCGACUAGUUACACGACGACAGAUAAUUGAUCGAAAGAAAAAUAUAUGUCGAUUUAUCUAGUUGUAAUUAAGUACCUACCACUACUUGUAAUUAAUUAUCCGCAAAGACAAAUUCGAUACAAUAUUGCGUAUAUCUAAGUCGGUUUGAGAUAGAUCAAGUACGAUAUAUAAAUAUAUAUAUUUAUGUCCAGACAUGAAUAACACGAAUGUUUUUAAAUAUUUAUAAUAAAAAAUAAAGAAAUCUACCGCGCGUA